UGAAAGGCCAUAAACACGGUUCACGUAUGAGAUCUAGGCCUAGGCGUAGACAAAUUCAAGCAAGUAGGCUCUUGUAAUUUCAUUCACCACACGGAACGGGGCGAAAAUUGUCCUCGAGUAUGUAAACUUCAAUUGGAGAAGGAAGUGAUCCCUUGACUUGUGAAUCCUGUACAACAUCAUCAUAGUUGACAAUGGUGGUUUGCUGUAAUUCCCAAACAGUCUUGAAUAAGCCAAUUCGUAGUUGGAGCAUGCUCUUUCUUAUCCAAGGGCCUAGUGUCAAAAAUGACUGAUCAGAAGAAAAUGUCAUAUUUUUUAACAAAAGAUAAUUCUAAGGGAAAAAAGGCAUCUUCAUGGGUCACAUCAGCCUUUGAUGGUUUUGAUGAUGAAUUUAAAACACCAAACGCUAACAAUGAAAAAUGGACAACAAAUACAGGUAGCAAGAAGAGAGAUCGCUCAGCAAUGAAAACGGAAGACAGACUUGCAACAACGAUAAAAUCAAGACAACAGAAGUUUGAGGUAGACGUAUGGGUCGAUAAACAUAGACCAAAAACCAAGAAUGAACUUGCAGUUCACAAGAAGAAGAUAUUGGAAGUUGACCAUUGGCUGAAGAAGCAUAUUGAAAAAUCAACUCCCAAUGAUGCCCCUAUACUGUUGCUGACGGGGCCAGCAGGGGCUGGUAAGAGCGCCACUGUACAGACACUUGCCAAAGAAAUGCACCUUGAAGUUCAGGAGUGGAUUAAUCCAGUAACAGAUGUGUACCAGAAUGAUGUCACUCCAGAUUUUGGGGAUUUUGCGGGUCAAAGGUAUCAAUCACAAGCCACACUGUUUUGGGAUUUUAUCACAAGAGCGAACAAAUAUCAAUCUCUGCAACUAUUUGGAGAGAAAUCAUUCAAGAAGAAAGUUAUUGUUAUUGAAGAUUUGCCUCAUACAUUUCUUCGUGAUCCACAGCCAUUGCAUUCUAUUCUUAGAAAGUACAAGAAGUCAGGUCGAAGCCCUCUAGUGUUCAUAAUCAGCGAUACGGCUCGAGGUGACAACAUUGUUCGAAAAGUACUCCCAAAAGAUUUACAAAUUAUGUUAGACAUCCAAGAUAUUAGUUUUAAUCCAGUGGCUCCAACAAGCAUGUGCAAAGUGCUGACAAGUAUAGCAACAUUUGAGGCAGCAAAGGGAAGUUGUCAAUUCCAAGUGCCUUGUAAGUCUACUAUUGAUGCUUUAUCAGCUGCCAGUGCUGGGGAUAUCAGAGGUGCAAUCAAUGCUCUGCAGUUUGCUUGCUUAAAAGAUACAUGUACUCUAAAGUCUUUCUUUGAUGGGAGCAGAAAGUGUGACUCCACUCUAGCAAGAAAAUCUUUUAAAAGUACAAAAAGCAAAAAUACAAAGCAUAAAAGAAUGUCUAAAUGGAGAACUAAACAAACAGAGGAUGAAAAAGAAGGGAAGGAUCUAGUGGCAAUAGGGGGCAGGGAUACGUCCAUGUUUCUAUUUAGAGCACUGGGGAAAAUUCUUUACUGUAAAAGAGUUGAACCGAAGAUUGAUGCAGAUAAGCAACAUAUACCACCUCAUUUGCAACAUCAUGACAGAGAUAACUUGAAGUUUAACCCAGAGGAUGUUAUUUGUCAAACUCAAAUAAGUAGUGAUAUGUUCAACCUCUACUUGCAUCAGAACUAUCUUGAGUUUUACACUCGAGUGGAUGAUGUAGUACGAGGAAGUGAGUAUCUAAGUGAUGCAGAUCUAAUUUCUUCUAAUUUUUCACAUCGUAGUAUUUUAUCGGAGUAUAGCAGUUGUAUAGCAACAAGAGGUUUAAUACAUUGUAACUCAUCCAGGAGUCGACACAAUACAGCUACAAGUGGCAUGGGAUGGAAACCUCUACAUAAGCCACAAUGGUGGCAGGUUGCCAAACAGUGCCGUGAGAAUACGUUAUCAGCGAAAGCAUUAUUUAUUGGUCAUUGCUGGACACCAGUAGCAUUACACACACAACUAUUACCAUAUUUAAGCCGCAUUAAUUCGCCAUUGAAUAACAAAGGUCAAAUUUCUCUUCUUCAAGAACUGAAUAGCUUUUCAACAUCAACAAGGGCAAGGGUUGAAAGAUUGAAUGAAAGAGAUGUUGAAACCAUGGAAGGGGACGAUUCCUGCUCUCAGAUUUCUACAGUUUACAAUGAUUGUAAUGAUAUGGACAGCACUCUGAAGUCGAGUUUAUAUGAUAAUGAUAUACACAUUGGAGAUUUUGAUGAUGAUAACAACAUAGAUGAUUUUUAUGAAGAUGAUGAUUGGUGAAAAAUAUUUUAAUGAGCUUAACAGAAAUCGAAGGAAGAUAUUGAAGAAAAUAUAAAUUAUUAUUUCCAUUCGGAAUGCU